CUAGGGUAGCACGAUGUCGCCCCUCCCUACACGCAAGCUCGGCAAGGAUCAGGUCACAGCGGUCGGCUAUGGUGCUAUGGGUCUCUCAGCCUUUUAUGGCACGCCAAAGCCUGACGAGGAACGAUUCAAGGCUCGCGCUGCACAGACUAACUUCCUAGACGCAUUAUACGAGAGCGGGUGCACGUUCUGGGACACGUCGGACGCGUACAAGGACAGUGAGGAUCUGCUGGGAGAAUGGUUCGCGCGUACUGGAAAGCGCAAUGAGAUUUUCUUGGCGACAAAGAUCGGGCUUACGGGCAACCCGGCCAGGCCUGUGAACGGGGAGCCUGAUUACAUCCGCAAUGGACUCCAGAAAUCCUUGAAGAGGCUGCAGACGGACCACAUCGACCUGUGGUACAUACAUAGGGUCGAUAAAACCGUCCCAAUUGAGGUCACUAUCAGCGUAAUGGCAGAAGAGGUCAAAGCGGGAAAAGUGAAGUACCUCGGCCUCUCAGAGUGCUCGGUCCAAACCCUGCGGCGCGCACACGCCGUGCACCCGAUCACCGCGCUCCAGAUCGAGUUCUCGCCCUUCACGCUCGACCUCGAGCGCACGGGGCUCAUCGGCGCCGCGCGCGAGCUCGGCAUCACCGUCGUCGCAUACGCGCCGCUCGGUCGCGGGCUGCUCACUGGCCGCUUCAAGUCGCCAGAUGACUUUGAGCAGGGCGACUUCCGCCGGGGGGUCCCCAAGUACUCGCACGAGAACUUCCCGAACAUCCUCCGCGUCGUCGACACGCUACAGGAGAUCGGCACGCGCCAUGGCGCGACGCCUGCGCAGGUCGCGCUCGCGUGGGUGCUCGCGCAGGGCGAGGACUACAUACCAAUCCCAGGCACGACGCGCGCUGAGGGCCUGCACGAGAACCUCGGCGCCCUGAGCGUGACGCUCUCUUCCGAAGAGGUUACCAAGAUCAGGAAAGCGGCUGAGCUUGCGGACGCGACGUUACGGGGAGAGCGGUACCCGCCGUUCCUCAUGCAGCUGCUCGCUGUAGAUACGCGCCCGUUCCAGAAGUGAUGCAGCCAGCUAGAUGAAUGCGAACGAGGCACUCCUGUGUUAU